AUGGUCGCGGUCGAUGAAGGAGGUGAGGAGGUGGGAGCCAUUUUCGACGAGGGUGCGGAAGGAAAAGAUGAGGAGGGAGAGGAAGAGGAAGGUGGGGAGGUUGGAGGCGAAGGAGGAGGAGGCUUGGUGGAGGAGCUGAGAGGUCGAUUUCAGGACGUGGAACUUACCAGAGCUGCACACCUUGCACCUGCAUCACCUGACGUUUCUGAAGAAGUAUCAAGUUUGAGCGUGGAGGAUGAUAGUACCAUCCCUAGUACUGCUCUUGUUCCUGACCAGGUGAAUCUGAUCAUUAAGGAUGAUUUUACUACCAGGAUUGCUAAUGAGGUAAAGAUCCAGCUUGCAAAUAUUUUCAAGAUAGUAAGGGAGAAAGGGUUCGCUACCUUGCAGAAGUUUAGAGGCAUCAAAAUAACUGCAGAGGCACUUGGUACAAAUGCUCCAACUCCAAGCUUCUUCAAACUUCUCCUGCAAUCUUUCUUCAGCUGGACCGUUUUCCUUCUCUUGGUGUGCGUCUUCCUCACAACUGUAUUUGGUAUCCAGCAGGAAGGCCCAAGUAAUGGCUGGUUUGAAGGAGCUGUUGGAGCUUUUGCAAUCAUCAUACUCGUGCUUGUACCUACAAUGCGCAAGUAUUUCUCUGUGCCACAUCUCAGGAAUACUAGUCAAAUGAAAGUUAAGGUCGAUAGACAAGGAAACCUGCUUCUUGUUAACGCAUCGGAUGUUGUGCCAGGUGAUAUAGUAUGCUUGGAAUCGAGAUCUCUAGUUCCUGCUGAUGGUUCGUGCAUUUCCACUAAAGGAUCCUUAGUGUUGAAGGAUGGUACUGAAGUUAUAACAGUCGAUGACAGCAAUCCUUCUCUGGUUUAUGGUGCAAGGGUGGUAAAUGGUAGUGGUCGCAUGUUGGUUACUUGUGCGGGGAUGAAGACAGCAUUAGGUGAGGUGAUGGCCCAAGUUAGAUGCACUCCAAACCUGCAGGAUCAAUUACCAGCUCAACUUGAUAACUUGAGCACGAAGUUGCAGAAUGUUGGCCUCUUGAUCAUGAUAUUCAUGACUCUAGUGCUUAUCAUCCGAUCGCGAGUUCUGAAAGAUAAUGAAUACCCUGGCCUCCAAGCUGAUCAGCUCAAGGGUAGAACAACUGCGAGCGAGGAGCUAAUCAAUGUCAUCAGCAGAUUUUUCAUGAAAUCAAGUGGCCAGAUUAGCGUGUUGGCAACGUAUCUGCCUUUACUGAUUGUUGGAUUAGCAGAAGGAGUACCUUUUUCAGUUGCACUUGCCAUCACUUAUUGGACUAAGACCACGCUAUCUGGGAAAGCUAUUGCUCAAAGACUCUUAGCUUGUUACACCAUGGGAUCUGUGUCAACUAUUUGCAUUGGUGGUGGGAUGACUUUGAUCCCUGAACUUGAAUUUGACCUGAUGAGCAAUGAUGGGGAUCAAAUCAUCGAAUCAAAGAGUGUUCCUGAUAUUCAAAAACAUGUUCGUGAAGCUUUAUACAAAGGUAUUAACGCACCACUUUUGAUGCCGUCGACCUCUUUUAGCUCAACACUGCACCGCCUCCUGCUUCCAUGGGCCAAUUCUAGUUUGGGUCUUGACAAUGAGAAUUUGAUGAAAAAUUGCACCGCGGUGAGCGAAAAGUUGAGCACCGAUGAGGAGGCUAGCAGAGUUCUGAUGAUGGACAGUGAAACUGGAGAUAUCUGCUUGUAUUGGAGUGGACCUGCAUCAACAAUAUUGCCUAUGUGUUUGGAAUAUUAUGACAGCAAAGGGACAACAAAGCUCAUGGAUGAAGAGAAGAAACGUGAUCUUAAUGAAACUGCAGGGAACAUGCAGUCCAAACAUCUAAAGACCAUUGCAUUUGCGCACAAGAAGAUUGAUGGUCUAAUGCCUGAAGAAGAAAACAGCUUGAUAUUAACAGGACUGCUGAGUGUGAAGGUUUGCAGUGAGACAAUGAAAGCACUACAAAUUCUACAAAAAUCUGGGGUGGACGUUAUAGAGUUCCCAAGAGAUCACGAGUCACUACCGCCGGAAGGUGAAAGUCCCGUAUUCGGAAUGGGGAGGCCUCUUGACAAGCUCCACACGGUGCAACGUUUGAGAGACAAGGGCCAUGUUGUAGCGAUGGUAGGAGAUAAAACACUUGAGACUCCUGCUCUAAAAGAAGCCGAUGUGGCGAUUACAGUGGGAAAUUGCUGCAGUGAAAUGGCAAGAGAGGUCUCUGAUCUCAUCAUCCACAAUGGCAGCCUCAGUUUCGUGGUCACCAUUAUUAAGAUCGGACGAUGCAUUCACUGCAACAUCCAAAAGUACAUCCAAGUUGAGCUCACCAUGAAUACAUCAUUGCUUGUGACAAUGUUGGUUACUACAAUAUUUUUGGGAGACUGCACAGUUGGGGCUAUUGAAGUAACGUGGGCAAAUUUGCUUGUGACGUUUUGUGGGCUUGCGCUUCUGGUUGAGCCGCCAACGCAGGAGCAGAUGGAAAGAACGCCGAUAAAACAAACCGACUCCCUCAUUAGCAAGGCAAUGUGGAGAAAUAUUCUACUUCAAGCUUUAUAUCAGACAUCUGUCUUGGUUGCCUUACAGUUCAAAUGGAAAGCUCUCCCAGUCCCAGGCAUAAACAAGAAGAUCAUGGAGUCCAUGGUUUUCAACUCUUAUGUUCUUUGUCAGGUAUUUAAUCUAGUCAGUUCAAGGGAGGUAGAGAAGAAACAUGUUUUCAGAGGUAUUCGAACUCCAUGGUUAUGGGUGGCUAUGGGCCUCAGCGUCCCCAUGCAGGAGGCUUUUGUUGAGAUUGCACACGAGGUCGCUGGCCAUGCAAGGUUGGAUUGGGCACAAUGGGGAGUCUGUUUUCUAGUAGCGAUUGGUUCCUGGCCAAUUGAUUUGGCUGGAAAGUUUGCAUGGGGUGUCGUUAGGAAGAUUAGAAUUAAAAUCGGCUCUGGUAUUCGAUCCACCAGCAUGAGGUCAGCUUCUGUCUCAGAAGCAGCUUCUAGUCGGGAGCUCCUGGCAACUUGCUAG